UGGCUACGUGGCUGUUGUGUAUUAUUGACAUCCAACAUAAUGUAUUGAUCACGUUAGAGAAUGUUAUGUGGUAUUGCGUUGGUGUUACCCCGCCACAUUAGUCAGGUGACUGCGGUCAGCUGAUUGUCUCCAGACAGACAGAACAUGGCCGACCUGUCAGAAGCCCAAUGAGGAAACGGUCGAGUUUAGCAUAAUCGAUUCUCUUUUCACGUCGUUUGGUUUGGGCUCAUAUUUUACUAUCGUGGACAACAUUUGCCAACAGUAACUAAGAUGAGCGGGUUGCCAGAUGGCAUGGCGAAUGUCCCCAGCCAGAGCAACCACGCCGGAGAGGAUGGCCAGGUGUGGGAGAGACCCUGGACCCUGGAAGAAAUGCGACAGACCAGCGCCAACUGGUCCCUGGCUGCAGACUCAGGGCUCUUCCUGUUCCUGCAAGACUUCUCCCAGAGAAUGCUGUCAAAGACUCAUGAGAUAGAGAAGCAGCUGGAUGGACUGAUCAGGGACACGAAGGCCACAGACUGUUGCCUGCAUACUGUCUUCAACGACUUCCUCAUGCUCUCCAACACACAGUUCAUUGAAAACAGAGUGUAUGAUGAGGAGGUGGAGGAGCCAGUGCCAAAGGCUGAGGCCUUGGAGAGACAACCUGAACUGGAAAAGACUCGUGAGCAGAAGGAAGCUGAGCUUAUCCCUAAGGUCCAGGAAGCAGUGAACUUUGGUCUGAGGGUGCUAGACUCUGCCUUUGAACAAUUGGACAUCAAAGCAGGAAACUCUGACUCGGAGGACGAGGAGGCCACAGACAGAGUGGAGCCAAUACUAGAGCCCAAGGACCUGUAUGUGGACAGGCCUUUACCGUAUCUUAUUGGCUCUCAACUUUUUAUGGAGCAAGACGACGUAGGACUGGGAGACCUUUCCAGUGAAGAAAUAUCAAUCGACAGCGAUCGGGACAGUGUUAUCGACAGCGAAGAUGGCAAAGAUGCUGAUCAGUCAGACGAAGACUUUGACCAGGACGAGGAGGGGCCAAGCAGCAUUAAGAAGAAGUCGUCCAUGUUGAGUGAUGACGACGAGGGGGAAGAAUCAGACAUAUUCGGAGAAUCGGACAAAGAUGAUGAUGACGACGACGAUGAUGAGUGCAUAACGAACACAGGACCAUCAUCCUUUGCUGAUGAGCUGGCUGCCAGAAUUAAAGGGGAACCUAUCAGCAAGCCGGAGGGAGAUCGCACAUCAUUAUCGUCUGCCUCUAAGAAGAAGAGUAAAACAAAGAAAGAGCCCAAGACUGAGAGGCCACAGGCUAUUGAAGAUGAAAGUGAGGAGUUGUUUGGGCCGCCGAAGAUGGAGGACGAGGACUUCUCUCCGUUCGGAGGGAAAGGAGGCCUCUUCAGUGGAGGAAGAGGACUGUUUGAUGAUGACGAUGAAGGGGAUCUAUUCUCUGAUGCACCGAAACAGCCUGUAGCAGAGGAGAAGACCAGAAACACAGCUCACGCCACAGAACCUGUCAAGUCUGCUAAGAAGAUUCCUUCAGUGGCUGUGUCAAUAUUCACAGAGAACAGCCUGUUUGGCAUUCCCAAUAACUCUGAUUCAGUGGAGGGCAGAGAGAACGGCAGUCUAGCCAAAUCCAACAAGACCCAGACAUCAGCCCCUAGAAAGACCUCUUUAGGGGGAGGAGGAGGGGGGCUGUUCGAUGAUGAUGAAGAGGAUGACUUCUUCACUGGCAAAAGCCUUAAGAAGUCCAGCUCAGCUGAACAGAAGAAAUCCAAGCAAGAGAAGACGGUGGAUCUGUUUGGAGGAGAUGAUGAGGAUGGUGACAUCUUUGGUGAGAGCUCUGUCGCCCCACCCACUCUACAGAGCAGGAAUGAGGUGGUGGUGGAGGAGGAAGAAGAGGUGAAACAGGCUCCUCAGAAAAAGAUGCCAGCAGGAGGCGUCUCCAUGUUUGGUCCUGGUACCAAGAGCCUACUAACUGAGGCACUGAGGAAACGACAGCCCUCCUCCACCAGCGAAGAGUCAGAGGAGAACGGCCCUCCUCCAGACGUGGUGAAAACCCCGACUAAGCAGACAGAAAAACCCCAGGCGAAGAGUCUGUUCUCUGAUGAUGAGGACUCACAGAUAUUUCAAACCAUCCCUAAGAGUCAGUCUAAACCUGAACCCACAACCCAGAGCAAAGCCAGCAAAGCUCCUCUGUCCAUCUUCGAUGACGAGGAGGAAGAAGAUCUGUUUGCGUCUGCGAAGAAGUCUAAACCAAGCCAAGCUAAAGCUGCCACUCCAAAAGUCAAGAAACCUGUCUCUAGCUCCAUCUUCAGUGAUGAUGAGGACCAGUGGAUGAGCUCCAAGCCUAGUGCUGGUAAGACAGAGGGUAAGACUGGAGGGAUGAAGUCCAGUACUAGUGCCCCAUCUAGUCUACCCAGUGUCAAAGCAGUUCCUAAAGACAGCCUGUUUGAUGAGGAUGAUGAUGAUCUCUUUGCUGCUACCAAGGAGUCGAGUCAGAAGAAGCACCAGAGAGUGUCUCUCCUGUUUGAAGAUGAGGAUGAUGAAGAUAAGGGAUCCCUCUUCGGCUUCAAAUCAAAAGUCACCAACAGCUCUACUACAGCUGACCCUAAAGCAUCUGUUGUAGCCUCCCCAGCCCCCUCGCUGCUCCAGAUAGACAAACCAGAGGUGACUGCACCACCACCUCCCCUAGUGGAGGAGAAACCUACAGAGGAGGAGAGGGUAGCGAAAUACAAGAGUCCUGAGGUGCCAUCCCUGUCCUCUCCACUAGAGGGCAGUGAGAGUAAGAAGAAGCCAGUAGGGGCCGUCAGUCUGUUUGGAGGGAUCAACGUGCUGGGAGACAGACUGGCAGCAGCCAAGCAGACUAAGAGCCCAUUGGGCGACCCGGAUGGUGAUGACUUCCUUUCUGAGGGCCCGCCCCCCAUGGAGAAAGAGGCCAAAACUAAGAAGAACACCCUCAGUCUGUUUGAUGAUGUGGAAGAGGAGGGUGCUGACUGGACUGCCCCUAUCUCCAUACCGACCAAACCAGUUGCCAAAAACACACUAAAGCCUGCGGAGGAGCGUCCUCGUACCAAGAGUAGUACCGGGGUGUUCCAGGAUGAGGAACUGCUCUUCAGUCAGACUCAGCAGAGAGACAACGACCCUGAAGUUGACAUCUUCGCCACACCUGACAAGUCUGUGAGCUCCAGGCCAAGCUCAGUGAAGUCGGCAGCUCCAACACUGUUUGGUGAUGAUGAAGAUGACCUCUUCAGCUCUGUCAAGCCCAAAGCUCCUCCUCCGGUAUCGGAGAAGCCCAGUAAACCCACUAAAGACGAGCCAUCCUCAAAACCUGCUGUCACAGCACCAGUCACAGAGAGUGAGAAGCCGACACCAAGCCCUGUAAAAUCUAAAGAGCCUUCACGGAUUGGAAAACUCCAAGCCAACCUGGUGAUCAACCCUGCUGCCCUCCUGCCCGACGCGUUCUCUCGGAUCCCAGGGGGGGUCAGUGUACUCCCAGGCUUGAGCCGCAGCCCCAGCUCCUCAGGCCCCAGCCCCAGUGCUAGCCUCAGUUCGGCAGGGACCAAGCCCCCCAGCAACAGAGGGGUUAGCUUCGAGAACCCGGUCCAGGUGUCCACGCUACAGAGUGCGAACAAGGGUCGAGCUAAAGGCUCCAUCCGCCGCAGGCCCCAGACCAGGGCAGCACGGCAGACAUCAGCUCAGAGAUCUGUGGAGCAGAGAGACGAGAACCAGGGAGAGGACCAGGCCGGACCCAGCCCAACCUUGCCUAGCCCAGCACUAUCUAACCCAACCCAGCCUAGCCCGGGACUACCUAACCUAUCUCUGCCUAGGUCUAGUCUACCUAACCAAGCCCCAACCUCUGCCUUACCCUCCUCCUCCUUAUCUGCUUCCUUACCCUCCAAACCCCUGCUCACAGAUUUCUCUGUCAGACCAUCAGUGCUAACACUACCAGUGUCAAACACCCCUCUAAAGAAAGACUCUUCUAAGGGUAGCAAGGUGAAGGUGCUGCCUUCUCUUGACGAGGAUGACCUGUUUAGGUCCGACAGCCUCUUUGGGUGUGCCCCUGCCCCAGGUCCCAACCACACCAUCCCCUCACCCAUACUCACCACUCCAUCCCCCAAUCCCACAACAAAGACUACAGAGGGUAAAGUGACGUCAAAGAGUGAGAAGGAGAAAGUGACGACCCCGCAGUCCCUCUUUGACGACCCCAUGGGUGACCUGUUCAAGAAGGUGAAGCCGAGGUCAGCUAAGAAGGCCAAGGCAUCUUCCUUCCUGGAGGAUGAGGAGGAGGAUGAAGAGGAUAUCUUCGGGCUAGGAAAGAACUCCACUCCCACUACUGCUGGUGAUAAAGUCUCUAAGGCUGGGAGCAACUCUACUCCCAAGCAGGACAUCUUCCAGGAUGAAGCAACGGCUCCACUCAAAAAGCAAAAAGAGAAAUCCUUGGAUGCCAGUCUGUUUGAUGACAACGUUGACAUCUUUGCUGAUAUGACGUCCACUUCAAAACCAAAAGAGAAGAAGUCCAAGAAGGUGGAGACUAAAUCAAUAUUUGAUGAUGAUAUGGAUGACAUCUUCUCUCCCAGCACUGUGAAGCCAGUGCCCAAGCAGCCUCCAUCCAAGUCCAAGAAGAACCCUCCCUCCCAGGACACCAGUGCAGCGGAUGACUCAGGCAACAUCUUUGACGACCCUCUCAACGUCCUGGGUGGGAACUGAAUCGUGGACCGUUCCUGAGGAGCUAAAACUUUGGGUGCAUCCCAAAUGGUACCUUAUUCCCUAGAUAGUUCAGUGCACUAUGUGGGGUAUCAGGUGCCAUUUGGUGUCCUAAUUGUACAAUUGUGCUUAAUACCAUGUUGUUUUGGAGGACUGAAACAAGGGUUGGAGAUAUUAAAACUGUUCAUAUAGAGACUAUUUAUAUAAAAACUAUUGAUUGAUCGACAACCUCAGCCGGAAAUUAAAACACAGCAAGAAAUGUUGAAGGUGAUGAUUCUGAUAUACACUUCACAUCUUCAUCUAUGAUUGAUAACAGACAAAAUAACAGUUAAUAAAUGCUAUUUGUCUUUAUUUAAUAUCCAUGAUAGCAGCACUUUAUAAGCAUAUUCUUAGCUGUCAUUAGACCAGCUGAUAAUAAAUAAAUAGUAAAUGAUUUAUAAAUAUAGUUGGAGAGCUCUGUGUUUAAGUUUUGGGCUGUACCAUAUCAUAGUUAUGAAGUCAUUGUUAACCGACUGAUUAUCCUAGCAACAACAAGCAAAUGUUUAUGUUUUUCAAUUAAUAUGAAAUUGUUAAAUUUGUCAACUUUGCUUGUGAUGAAUGACAUUUCAGCUUUUUUAAACUAAAAUAAUGAUAUUUUAUGAAAUUUGAAAUGUGUAUUGUAAGUUUGUUUCAAAGACCUGCAGCACUGCUUUAAAAGCCUUUUGUUAAGAUCGUGAGUAGUGGAAUUAUGAAUGCAGCUGAAAUUAGGAAAAUGGUCUGAAAGAGGAAUGUGUGAUUCUAGAUUUACACGGUUCCUUCCCUUUAAUUAAAAUUAUACUUCUGUGCUUUAA